CUUUCGGGAGGCCCUUUAAAACUGGCGCGUGCGCCGGGCUGGGCACGGUCAGUUCUCGCCGGAUUCCAAACUCCGCGCGGUGUCGCGAGAUUCGCUAUCCGAAACUUCCGGCUCUGGUCGAGCUCGGGGGUUGCAAUGCAACUAUGAGGUGUCAGUUUCUUCGGAGUGCUGCUCGGUGUCUGUGGGCUGGCAAGGUUGUCAGCCCGGCCCGCCGGCACCUAAACUGCGGAAGCCUGCCGCUGGAGGAGCUGUUCGCUCGCGGCGGGCCCUUGCGGGCCUUCCUGGAGCGUCAGGCGGGAUCUGAAGCCCAGUUGCAGGUCAGGGGGUCUGAGCUGCUGGCGGCGGCCAAACUGCUGAGCGAAAAGGAGCAGGAGCUGCAGGAGACCGAGCACUUGCUACACGAUGAAAAUGAAGACUUAAGGAAACUUGCAGAGAAUGAAAUAAGCUCAUGUCAAAAGGAAGUAACUCAGUUGAAGCAUCAGAUUAUUUUACUUUUGGUUCCCUCAGAAGAAACAGAUGAAAAUGAUUUGAUCUUGGAGGUAACUGCAGGAGUUGGGGGUCAGGAGGCAAUGUUGUUUACUUCAGAGAUGUUUGAUAUGUAUCAGCAAUAUGCUGCAUUUAAAAGAUGGCAUUUUGAAACCCUGGAAUACUUUCCAAGUGAAAUAGGUGGCCUUAGACAUGCAUCUGCCAGCAUUGGGGGUUUAGAAGCCUAUAAGCACAUGAAAUUUGAAGGAGGUGUGCACAGAGUACAAAGAGUGCCAAAGACAGAGAAGCAAGGCCGCAUCCAUACUAGCACCAUGACUGUAGCAAUAUUACCCCAGCCAACUGAGAUUAAUCUGGUGAUUAACCCGAAAGAUUUGCGAAUUGAUACUAAGCGAGCCAGUGGAGCUGGAGGACAGCAUGUAAAUACCACGGACAGUGCUGUCCGGAUAGUUCAUCUUCCAACAGGUGUUGUUUCUGAAUGCCAACAAGAGAGAUCUCAACUGAAAAACAGAGAGAUGGCUAUGAAGAAGCUGCGUGCGAAACUGUACAGCAUGCAUCUGGAAGAGGAGACAAGUAAAAGAUACAGCGCUAGAAAGAUUCAGGUUGGAACUAAAGGAAGGUCAGAGAAAAUAAGAACAUAUAAUUUUCCACAGAACCGGGUCACAGAUCACAGAAUAAACAAAUCACUUCAUGAUCUUGAAAGUUUUAUGCAAGGGGAGUUUCUGCUGGAUGAACUUGUACAAUCCUUGAAGGAUUAUGCUGAUUAUGAAUCUUUAGUAGAAAUUAUUUCCAAAAAAGCUUAAAUUGAUUUAUUAUUAAAGACUUUUAUAGCUUAUGAAAAUUCACAGCAAGUUAUAUGGUGUGUAAAUACUAGUAUUCUCUUAAAAAAAGUGAGUUAACUCAGCUGAAGUAAUGUGUGUAUUUUUAAGACAGAUAAUUUAUAUAAAUCUUCUCUUAGGGUAUUAGUAAAAAAAUACACAAUACAAUCAUGACUCUGGUUAUAUAUUUUGGACUCUUCCUAUGAGAAGUACACAAACAAAAACAGUACUUUGUUUUAUGUAAAAUGUUUAAUAAAAUGAUCACAAAUUUGGUUUAACUAAUGAAAAACCUCAAACAUAAAAUAACAGUAAUAUGAUAAUAAAUACUGUAUUAGUCAAAGUCCAAUUAAGAGACAGAAACCAUACCAUGAAUUUGAACAGGGCUAAUUUUGAUAACAAAGAAUUUUUAACUGAUAAUAGGAUAAGCUAUUAGGGGAUAAGAGUGAACUCAUACACUAAGACUGAAAAGAGUACCCAAGGGAAGAACACCUUUGGAAGGGGCUUCCCUUCCCCCAAAGGUGGAAUCAAGCCUACUGGAGAGAGCGUGGCUUUGGCCCACUUAACAGAAAGGUUUCCUGGGCUGCCCUGGGCCAGAGCUGGUCUGCAGGUGGUGGUGGAUCAGGUCUUGCAAACAGAAAACCCUCUGGAAUGGUAAGCAAGCAGCCUCCCACCCAGGAUGUCAGCAGAACUUGCUAUUGGGUUAAGCAUCAGUUUGUAUCUGCAUUAGUGAGGAUUCUCCAGAGGAACAGAACCAAUAGGAUGUGUGAGACUUAGUAGGAGGAAUUGGCAGGUAUGACGUACGGAGGCUGACAAGUUCAAAAUCUGCAAUGUGAGCGAGCAGGCUGGAGAGAGCCCAGGGAACUGAGGCUGCAGUUCCAGUCCAAAAGCAAUCUGCUUGGAGAAUUCUCUCUUGCUCAGGGGAGGCCGGUCUUUUUUCAGGCCUUCAGCUGUUUGGAUGAAGCCAUCCACAUUACGAAGGGCAUUCUGCUUUACUCAAAGUUCAUUGACCUAAAUGUUAAUUUUAUUCAAAAACCCCUUACAGAAACAUCCAGAGUAAUGUGGACUAAAUAUCUUGGCACCCUGUUAACACGUGGUCCAAGAGCACCCUGGGCAGCUGUGCCCCAGAUCAGAAACAAGAAGAGAAGCCCCUUCCUCCUACAUGUCCUUCCACCACCCCCUACUGACAAAGCAACAUGGUACCAAAGGACACAGGUCCAGCUGGGGUAGCACAAAGUAGGGCAAUGAUGGGUAAAUCUGUUGCCAAGAGGCAACAAUUUGGUAACUGGCACAAACACCCAUAUAUGUUACCUAAUUUAAAUAACUGGUAUGUUUUCAUAUUUUCUUGGUGUUAAAAGUUACAAAUAUUAAAUAUUUCCAUUUGCAUUGUUAAAAAUGACAUUCUCCUCCUUAAUCAUUCACUAUCACACAUAACAAAAUUCACAGUAUUUCCCUAAUAUCUUCAAGUACCCAAUUCCGACGUCUUCAAUUCUCCCCAGCUGCCUUAACU